AUGACGAGAUUUUAUUAGAUAUUGAAUCUGAUUUAAUUGAAGAUGACUCCGAGGAUCAAAAUGAUGAAAAUUUAGAGAUAGAUCUUACUUCAAAAUUCAAUGAUCAUUUGAGUGAAUGGUUGGAUAUACUUCAGCAAGAGAUUAAUUCUGAAAAUGAGUUGGAUGAUGAUUUAUAUGAUUUUGAUAUAGAUAUUGAAAAUAUUGAGCAUCCAGCACAAAAUACUAAUGCAAAAUGGAAAUUGGAAAAUAUAUUCAAGUGUGAUUUAAAUUGUUCUUUUUAA